AACGCAACACCACAUCACACACUUGAAAGCUCAACACACAAUUUUUGUUUCUUAUCAUUCACAUAUCUUCUCAGAAUUUUGAAAAAAAUUUUCAUGUGAUUUGUAAUUUUCUAAGGUAUGAAUCGAGUAAUUUAAUUCAUAAUUAUUAUUAUUAAUUAAUAAGGUAUUUCGGUAAACCAUCCGCGUAUCCGCACCUCUCGACAUGGAGGAGGUAUACGAGUUUUUUAAAAACUUUUUUCCGGCUUCUUUAAUCCUAACGUUUUCGAUAGUUGUUGUAUUCGCCCCAAUUCCAUAUACUAACGCUUCAAAUGAAUUCUCAAUUUACCGAAUGCAACAGUUCAAUUUCUACGGUGUUUCACACGGAUGCCGGGCUAGUUCCUUUAGUUUAGAAGCAAAAAGCAUAAAAACUUGGAAGACAAACCGACACUGUGUUUUAACACGUUUAAAAGAUCUCUCUAGUGAAACUUUCAUCGAUAUAACUCAGCAAGCCGGGGCAUUGCUGGUUAUGUUGCCCAAGGACAUGGAAUCCCUCACUAAUGAGGAGAAAGAAAACAUGUUGGAACUCGAGAAAACAAUAUUCCAUCUCGAGGUGACCAUUCCAGUAUACUUUUUACCUUGGGAUAAAACACUCCAAGGUAUAAUUGGUAAUAUCGACAUUCUAUCUGCGGCCACUGAUGUACGUUCAAAUAAAAAGGAAACAGCUACCGAAGCCUUAUUCGAUUCAGUAUUCGCUGUCGGGUACCAGGCUUUUGUAAAUGCUCCAAAACCGCAGCCUAUAGGCGCCGUUAUACCAGUUCUGCAGGGUAAAUUACCUGCCUACGGUUCGCAAUACGCUCUGACUCCUACUAUUGUCAUCGUAGCUCAUUACGACGCUCAAACUGCUGUUCCUGAACUUUCAUACGGUGCUGAUAGUAACGCAUCUGGAGUUGCCAUACUUCUAGAACUCGUUCGACUGUUCUCAAAAUUAUACUCUAAAGUGAAAACUCAACCGCUUUAUAAUUUAGUAUUUUUACUACCAGGAGGUGGAAAAUUUAGUUACUUAGGUUCCAAGAAAUGGAUAGAAGAACAAACCGAAUCUGUCGAAUCAGACGAUAACGUUUCGUUACAAAAUGUCGUUUUUGUGAUGUGUUUGGAUAGCUUAGCUUCAUCGAAAGGCCUUUUCGCACAUGUUUCAAAACCGCCUAAAAAUGGCACCAUCGUAGCACGAUUCUUACAGGAAUUGAAAAAUGUUGCUUCCGAAGAAUCAACUGACGCUUUAAUCGUCCAUAAGAAAAUUAAUUUAGGCGAUCAAAGGUUAGCCUGGGAACAUGAAAGAUUCAGUAUGAAAAGAUUCCCAGCAUUUACGUUAUCUUCGUUACAAAAUCACAAAGACCAGAGAAGAAAUUCAUUAUUCGAUAACGUCGAAUCGUUCGAUUUCAAUAAUAUUUACACCAAUACGAAAAUCAUCGCUGAAAGUUUAGCUAGGCUCGUGUAUAACAUUUCAGAAUCGAAUGUAUUGGUUACUCAUAAAGUCGAAAUCGACUCUUUGAAAUUCGGUUUACAACAUGUAGCCUCACAUUCGAGGUCAAUGCAGAUUAUUUCAGAUAAAGAUAACUCUCUAGUCACUUCGCUGUAUUAUAUAAUGAACAGAUACUUACAAUGUAACGUCACUGUAAUGCACGCCGAUAAAAGCGAACCAGAGUUUAUAUUUUACGACGUCACCAAAUCAACAGUCAAUAUUUACAGCGUUAAACCUGCAAUUUUCGAUUUAGUACUUACCUGCAUUAUUGCUGCUUAUUUGACUGUAGUAUAUUAUGCUAUUCAGAAAUUUCCUAUACUCUACUCUAGUAUUGCUGCAACCGUUCCAACGAAGAAAAAAUUAUAAACUGACCGCUACAAUUUUUUCAGCUGGAAAAUUUUGUACAAAAAGCAAUUGAGUCAUUUAAAUGUAUGUGGUAUUUUAAUAAUAACGUUUAAGCGAAAUGUAAAUUUGAUUUAGUAUUGUGUUUUUCUCGAAUAUUUUAAUUGAAAGUAGUACUAUUGUAAUGGGUAAUUACCUUUGUUUUUAUAUCGGUUUAUUGAAUUUUUGAAUUUUAAGCGCAUUUUUAGAUUUAUCUAUUUUUUUUUUUUUUUUUUUUGAAAUGAAUUCUUCGAAAAGGCCACGUUUUUUCUAAAUACUUAAAACUUACGUACUAUAAUUUAAACUCGAACGUGGUCCUUGGUCUGUGUUUUUGUUAUUUAUACCUUUCUGUCGCUUUUAUAUACGUUUUGUGUUGAAAGUUUUUUCUUUAUUAUACUUUUUUUGUUAUUUUCAAAAUACACGUGAAUGAUUGAUUUUG